GCGGCCGCUUGGCCCCCGAGAGGUUCAUCUUUUUUUUGCUAUACAAAAAAAAAACAAAAGUUAAUUUUUUCCACGUGAAAUUCAAAUAAUAAUUAAAUUAAAAAUUUAUUAUUGACUCCAAAAGUAUUACAUAAAAUAGAAAAUUCUCGAGAAACCGGUGCCCAAUGUUGCUAACAUUGGGGUUGUUGUUUCUGCAGCUUGCCGGAGCUAGUUUGCAAACCAAAGACUUUUAUCGUCUUGCAAACCAUUCAAUGGGCAGCUUUUAUCAAGGGAAUGUUAUUUUAAAUGAAACAUCCUCUAAUGAAGAAAACGAAAUCUUCAUUGAAAGCCAGGAAUUUAGUGUAAAAGAAACCACAUUUCACAGGGGAGAUGCUGAAGUUACUUUGCGAGAAAUUUGCCUAAAGAAGAAUAAUCGUAAACUUUUGCUUUUAUUGGAAAAUGGAAUUUUAACAGAUUGCAAUUAUGAAAAUAAAUUUCCCAAACAGUGUACCGAGGAAAUUUUGUCUUCUGGAAAUUUAAAAUCAUCAAUUUCAUUGUAUAAACAAGAAAACAAUAGUUUAUCAAUAAUAACAAAGUUUCCCUGGCUUUGGAAUGUUGAAAAUUUGUAUAAGCAAUGUCGGGACAUAAAAUCUCGGAACAGAAAUCAAAUUAUUCACCAACAACGACAAUGGAAUCAACAGACUCGUUUGGAAAGAUUCCGGAAAUCGGAAGAAAAUCACAAUCGAUCAAGAAGAGAUCUUUUUUUAAUUCCUGGUACAAAAUGGUGUGGCAAAGGUUACUCGGCAACGAAGUAUACAAGUUUAGGUGGUUUUGGGACAGCUGAUUCCUGUUGCCGAAAACAUGAUACCUCUUGUCCUUUUUGGAUUCCUGCUUUUGAAUCACGUUAUGGUCUCUACAAUUGGGGCGUUUCAACAAUGAUGCAUUGCGCAUGCGAUGAACGGUUUCGAACGUGCCUGAAAAUGGCCCAGUCCUCAUCAGCAAAUAUGGUAGGAAAAAUCUUCUUCAAUGUCAUUCGAUUAAAGUGUUUUAUUUUGAAAAAAAGGAAGAAAAAGAUAUGCAAAAAAUGGGCAACGAAAAGCAAAUGUCUAGAGUAUGAAAAAUAUAAAGCAGUUUUAAAAAAAAAUCUUUACUAUUAGCAAUUAGUUAAAUUUUUAUGAAAAACAAAAAUCUUCAAAAACAAAAAAAAAAUGUGUCAAUAGUAGUUCUCAGGGAUGUGAUAUGUUUCCAAGUGAAGAAAUAAUUGUUUCUAUUCCUAGAUUCAAAAUGUUUAUUUAUAACACAAAAAAAUCGAAUUGCAAUCAAUAGUACUUACAUUGAAUUUUAUAUUUUAAAGAUAUUUAUUUUGCAAAAAUUAAUCAUUCUUAUCUUUCAAAAAAUGCGAUUUUUAUUAUUUUAGAUUUUUUUUUUAAUGUUAGUAUUAUAGAAUUUUCUAUCUUAUUAUUUACUUAGAUUUAUUAUAAUUAGAGAAAUUAUAAUUAUAAUAUUUCUAUUUGUCGUGAUUAAUAAUAACAUUAUGAUUGUGAUUAACAAUUUGUUAUUGACAGUAAUAUUAUAAUUAUAAUUACAUCUAAAUAUAAUUAUAUAUUGUAUAUAAUUUAUAUAACCAUGUGAUAAUAGAUAUUAAUUUUCUAUAUUUAAUAAAGUUUUAUUGUUUAUAUUUUUAUCGAAUUGUUUCUUAUUUAUAUACAAUUUUGUUGAUUUACCUUUCAUUAAUAUUUUUCCAAAUUUGUUUCCCGGUUUUUUAAAUUGUGAUAUUAAAAAUUAAUAUAAAUGAGUUUUUUUUUUUUUUUAAAGAAAUGCGGUAACAAAAAAUGAUCGUAUGACCGCAAUUGAUAAAAAAUAUCUCUUCUUAAAAUUCUAAUAAUAUUUACAAACUUCUGCAUUUCGAUAUGCAGUUUUAUUUGCUGUCACUUACCGUGUUUGUGAUUUUGAUAAAUUUUAUGUAAUAUGUUCCCGAUAAUUAAUUUUAAUUUAUAUAUGAACACAAAGAUUUUCACUUUUUAAAGUAAAUUAAACAAAAAACGUUAAUCGCAUUUUUUGAAAAAUUUUUUUAUAUGCAAAUUUGAAGGGAAUAAAAAUUUGCAGAUACGUAUGAAAACUUUUAAAAAUAUUAAACUAAUCAAAAAAGUUUAAUACAUAUUGUAUUAAAAUUUUUUAU